AUGAUAACGGAUGAAAAGCAGGUGGAUAGGUUGCAAGUGCAACACCAUCUCUUACGAACGCUAUGGGGGGGCAACUUCUGCUCACCUAUAGCAGAAGAAUUAAGAGCCGGUGGAUCUUAUGUUCUGGACGUGGGAUGCGGUCCAGGAACAUGGAUUUGUGAUAUGGCCUCAGACUUCCCUAAUUCAAACUUCACAGGUGUCGAUAUAGUCGCCACUUUCCCAACCGAGAGACCCCGAAAUGUAACCUUUCAAAAUGGCAACUUAAUAGAAAGGUUACCUUUUGAUGAUAGCUCAUUUGACUUCGUUCAUAUGAGCUCCAAGGUACUCUAUUUCACGGAAGCUGAGUGGAGGACGAGAAUAGUCGUCGAACUCGUAAGAGUUCUCAAGCCCGGAGGUUACUUGGAACUUGAGGAUGGGGACGGGGAAUGCUAUAAUAUGUCUCCAACAUAUGACCGCAUAUCCAAAGCGGUCCUGGCCCAAUUAUAUGCCAGGAAUAUGAACCCGUUCAUAGUUCAGCAAAUCGAGGAGAUAAUGGAAUCCUCCGGGCUAAUAAAUAUUCGGCAUAAGGAAGUUAUCGUCCCGAUUGGAAACUGGGGUGGCAAUCUCGGAAUGUUAAUGGUAGAUCUAGUUGGAAGUCUUUUUGACGGGUUAAGAGAUAAAAUAACCAGUCAAAUGAAUAUUCGUCCUCAAAAUUUUGACCGAGUUCUAGAAACUUGCAAAAAUGAAUUGGACAUCUACAAGACUUAUGCCAAAUGUUAUCGGUUUUAUUCAAUGAAAGCAUAA